AAGGUACAACCGGAUGUAUCAUGUUUAGGUGAGCAGCGCUUGACAUUUGUGAAGAGUGCUCUGCAUUGCUGUCUCGCGGCGUGGAGGAAAGCUGUCUACUGAAGUAAUGUAGCGGAUUUAUUAUUUUUAUUUUAGGAAUUAGACUCUGUAACCACCUCCAGCAGACACAACCCUCAUGGACUAAGAGAAGAGCCGUCCUCGGAAUAAUUUUGACCUGGUUUUUCAGGUGUUUUUUCUUAUUUGGACAAAGAAAGGAUUUGUGUCACCUGAGAGAGGAGAGGAGCCAGACCAUCGCAGCAAACAUGGAGUCCAUCCCGAACGCUCUCCACCAUGUCGCUGUCCAUUCGCCCAGCCAGACGCCCCAACUCCAGAUCCAUCACUAGGAGCCAGAGCUUCACUGGAGUCAACACUUACGACAAGGCCUACAGGAGCCUUUCAGUGUUCAGCACCCCAGGUCUGAGCAGGAAACCCAGCAGAGCCAGCAGGAUGUUCACUACGUCUAACAAGUCAAACCCACCACCCAAAGUUCCUCAGCCGGAGCGACUAGACCUGGUCUAUGAGGCGUUAAAGAAAGGCCUUCAGUCUUACCUGCAGGUUUAUCAGACAGACUUGGACGGCCUCAGCAGACAGAUGAAAGAAUCAAAGAGGAACUCCAGACUGGGCUUCCUGUAUGAACUGGACAAGCAAGUGAAGGUGACUGAGAGGUACAUACGGCGACUGGAGUUUCACCUCAGCAAGAUUGAUGAGCUGUAUGAGGCCUACUGUCUGCAGAGGAGACUCAGGGAUGGGGCCAACAAGAUGGUGAAAGCGUACACUGCCUCUCAAGUCAGCAAGGAGGCCAAGGAGAGUUUAUCAGAAGCCAACAAAGGUUACAAAGAGUACACUGAGAACAUGUGUGUAUUAGAGAAUGAGUUGGAGAACCAGCUUGGAGAGUUCCAUAUCAAAAUGAAAGGUCUGGCUGGAUUUGCUAGAUUGUGUGCUGGUGACCAGUAUGAGAUCUUUAUGAGGUACGGCCGGCAGCGAUGGAAACUCCGUGGCAGAAUAGAGCUCAACGGCAAGCAGGUGUGGGACAGUGAGGACAUGGUUUUCAUGCCGCUCAUCAGCGAGUUCCUCUGUGUGAAGGUGACAGAGCUUAAGAGUUUGGCCAAUCACGUAGUUGUAGGAAGUGUUUCCUGUGAAACUAAGGACCUGUUCGCUGCACUGCCGCAGACGGUCGCUGUGGACAUAAAUGACCUCGGGACCAUCAAGCUGAGCCUGGAAGUCACCUGGAAUCCAUUUGAUAAGGAUGACCAGAGCUCGGUGGCCAGCACCGUCAACAAAGCUCCAAGCGUCAAUAAAAGAUUCUCAACAAUCUUCAACCAGAGUCCUCCUGACACGCCGUCCUUGCGAGAACAAGCCUUCUAUAACAUGCUCCGCCGUCAUGAGGAGUUGGAGAACGGAACAGCGUGGUCAAAUUCAUCUGAAUCCUCCGAUGACUCCUCCAGUCCUCAGCUGUCUGUAGGAGGGCUACGCAACAACGCACAUCACAAGGCGGUAGUGGUGACGCCAGAUGUCCAGCCAGUUGUGACAGGAAGCUCUUACCCACAGCCUGAAAUCUCCUUCUGCCUCAAAGACUCCUCCUCCUCCUCAACGCCAAACUCCGCCAACAGAGUCACUUCUUUUAGUGAGGUUUCCAACAAACACCACGCAGAGAGCGACAGGUCAGAGCAGAAGGUGACUGUCACCGUGAGGCCUAAACCUUCAAGUGAGGAGGAGGAUGCAGGGAAACAGUCUCAUGUAGCAUUAGAGGAUGGAGUCUCUACGAACAGCCUCGCCUCACGAAACUACUCGCGCUCCCUGAGUCACAUCAGUGAAAGCAGUGCUGACGGCAUCAUUUUGACGGACAGGUCGACAGGUGAAUCAGGGGAGGUGAUGUCUGUGGCCUCUGCGCUCUCUGUCAAUGACAUCGAGAUGGAGGUGAACAGCAGAACUCAGGAGCAGCCUAGCUCUUCUGCUACAGACACUGACACAACACCAGAGAGACUUGUUGCUGUCCAAGAGAGCACACCGGCUGACUCUGUCACUGAUCAACAUCAGAAAGAUGUCCCAACAUGCUCCUCGCCCAGCACAGGAGGAGCGGACUCUACCACUCCCUCAGAAACAAACACAGACUCACACACAGAGUGCAACACACUGCCAGAUAGCACGGACGUGACAUAUGUUGCUCGGCGGGUGGCGGUGGAGGAGGAGAUGCCAGGUGUAGCAGAGGGUGAUGGUCCUGUAGACAGUGGUCUGGAGGAGGCUCUGUCAGCUGUAGUUUCAUCUAUGGAUGAUUACAGAGGACAGUUCCCUGAGUUACAAAUAAUGGAACAAGAGCUGAAGCUGCUGCAGGUAACGCUGAAGGGUGGUAAGCACAGCCGUUCACCCAGCGUGGUCAGCCUCACAGUGGAAACAGCUCUGGGCAGCUUUGACUUCCUCAACACGUCUGAUUGGGAGGAGGAAGAGGAAGAGAAGGGUGACAAGAGGAGUAGGAACGGAAGGUCUCUGCAGGACAGAGGCUGGGACAGCCCCUUCACACCCUCCUGCCCCCUCACUACAGGCUGCGCUACUCUAGACCGCUCCCUAGUGGUCCACCUGAAGAACUGCUGCACACAGCUGCUGCGUCUGGGUACAUUUGGUCCUCUGCGCUGUGGAGAGAUGUAUGCCUUAGAUCGACUGCUGAGAGAGGCACGACUCCUCGAAAUCAUCCGACGGGUCACCAAGGACAACCCCAAACGCCUGAGACAGCCUGCUGAAGUGAUACCACAGCUUGGCCUAUGCCAGGGUGCUGUGUUACUAUGGCAACAGAGUGUGGGUCAGGGUAGCAUGUACAGCGUCUCUGCUGAAAGCUUCCUGUCCGCGUUGUCCAUGCUGUACUCAACCAGUCUGCCUCAGAAAGCAAGCAGCAUGGCCGACACAGUGUUCCUGCGUCUGACUGAGCGAGUGCUGGAUCAGAGGUUACCACGGCGAGGAAGCAGCAGAGACAGCGUGACAGUGACAGUGUUCCAGCUGUGGAGUUACCUGGAGGCUAACAGCAUAACAGACGUGGAGAUACACGUCAAUGAGCUGGCAGAAGAAGUGUGGCUGGUGCAGAGCCUGGCGUCAUGUGAUCCAGAUGUUAUCGUGCACGCCCUGCGGCAGCCUGCGUCAUGCAGCCUGAGGAGAGAGGGACUUCACGCUGUGGCCAAAUUACUGAAAGAUCCUCGAGGAAAAGUGUCAGCAUCUGCCAGCUCUGUGCUAAGGAGCCUGAAUGCACAGUCCAGACAGAGAGAGCAGGCGCUGGUUAUCUGUUUGGAGCUGCUGGAAAAUGACAAUGUGGACACCAGAGUCUGCGGAUGCAAAGCCUUAGCUUGUCUAAAGGCCAAAGAAAGCAUCGACCAGUUAGUCUAUCUGUGUCGGACAGACAAGGAGGAAGUCCGAGAAGCUGCCAAACAGGCUCUGCUGGUGCUCGGCGAGGAGGGGAAGAUGGCCCACAGACACGUGGAGACGUCUCAGGACAGUUUACCAAGACUCUUCGCUCCGGGAAGCAUGGCCAGCACAGCUUUCUAAAACACACACACACACACACACACACACACACACACACACACACACACACACACACACACACACACACACACACACACACACACACACACACACACUGAGUGGGAACAGAGCCACUGAGUCAGCAACACACUUUAAAUGUUUUGCUUUGACACAUGUAAUAAAAGAGCACAGUAUGCUGUCGUUCUGCCCCUUCAGACCACUAAAACAGAUAUAUGAUAUGAAGUUUAUAAACUGCCGGAUGGGUUUCCUUCAUACUGACACUAGAGACAGCAGCAGCAGUACUAAAGGGUACUCAUAUUUUUUUAAACUGGGCCUGAUUUUUACUGUUUCGGUGUCUAAAUGACUCAUUGGUACAAAUUGUCAAAGAAUUGUUUCUAUAAAUUUCUUCAGCUGGCAGAUGCAAAACAGGCUGUAGUGGCUGGAACAUAAUCCCCAGGAGCAAAAGAACACCAUCAAAGUAUUUCUUCCGAAAGUAUUAAAAAAAAAGAUAUUUUUUAUACCAGAAACAUCUGGAUAAAAAAUCGAAAGAAUCUCACUCCUUAAUAAAAAAAAGUUUAAGAGAUUACAUUACAACGAUCACAGCCCAUUUCACAGCUGCUGACUGAAAUAAUCUACAGGAGAACUUCUAAUACAUAUUUUUAUCUAUUGGUCAUUUAGAAGAAGAAAAAAGAGCAAAAAGAGGGCCAGGUUUAAACAAACAGGUUUCAUUUUUAACACUGGACAACAUUUUCCAUCAAUAAGCUACAAACACAUCAUAUUUAUCAAGUUAUGCUAACCAAUCAGAUGAACCGUAAGAGGAAUGUACAGUAUGAGCAGGCCUUGAUAAAAAUGACAGAAAGAGGGAGGAGCAGAAGGAUGACAUGGACACUGAGGGAUAAGGAGGACUGGAGGACAUGUCUGUUACACAUUACUGGACUGUCUCCUUAAAGGUGCAGUUGUGUCAAUUUCUGCUGUGAGAGCUAUGUAAAGCUGUUUUGUUAAAUUGUUUCAAUCACACAGCCUACCAAGUGCCCAAAAUGUACAAAUGUUCAGUUUCUUGUAUUUAAAUUAUUUUCUUACUUUGACUCUUUGUGGUUUUGAAUGGGUAUAUGGUGAACCAGUAAGCAUACACAAAGUAAAUAUUACACUCCUAAAAUAUAAAGCUACCCAUUACAUUACAUGAAUGGUCACUGUAUUCUCUAGUUAAGGUUCCAACAGGGUUUUGAGCAGUCCUGCUGCAGACAGACUUCUCAUUCUGUGAUGUGACAUGCCUGACAUUCAGCUCUGUCUCUACUACACCUCAUAUUUCAACAUGCGACUCAUCUCUGAUUUGGGCUUGCUCAAAUAAGAUGGCUGAAUGUGCACUAAAAGUCAUGUCAAAGCUUUCUUCAAUAUUCACCUCCAACAGGUAAAGUAGAAAAAAAGGGCCAGUAGACUUUGCCCAAAAUAACAGAGAUGACUAAAUUCUGAUUAAUUACAGACACAACAGAAAUAAUCAGACUUAAAUCAAAGACUAGCACUAUCAGGACUUUGGCUUUCAUGUGUGUCUGUGCAAUACACUUCAGACUGUCUACACCGAAAAUAAGAGGGUCAACCAUGCCAACAUGUAGAAGCAUACAAGCUGUUUUAUAACCACUUAAAAACACAUAACAGUAGCAAAAACCAUGUGGGUUUUUUUUUGUUAUAUUGAGAUUUUGAACAUUUUCUUUGAGUUACUUUUUCAAUGCAGGAACAGCAAACAGAGUAUUAUUACUAUGAACUGAUUCAAAUCUAAAAUACAUAAACAUAACUCUGAGCUAUGUUUAUUUAUUGGAUAGCUUUGGAUCUUUCUAUCUCAUUGGAUUUCAAGUUAGCAGUUACCAAAGCCAGUGUUUCAGUCUGUAAUGACCAUAACCUCUGACUGUUAUUGCAUUUCUGCUGAUUUGUUCAGCAACACACAACUGAGUUAAUUCAACAACAAAACUAUUCUCCCCUGCACAGAGAUUCUGUAUUCACACACUGUGUACAGAGAUUACAUGUACAGUAGUUGCAGUUAGGAGAUUCCUGACAGAGAUGACACCCCACACUUGCAGAGGUCUCUCCUCAGUGGCAUUCAUAUUUGUUAAUGCAAAAAGUGACAUAGUCUAUGGUUUUAAAUGCAAAAUCCUGUUUUCUUGUGUCCACAUGAGACUUUGUAUUGGCCCACUGGUUGGAUUGCAAAGCCAUGUUUUGUUCAUGCAUUGGAGGAAGUAGAAAUAUUCAUCAAAAUUGUAAAUUAUCUUGAAGAUCUUUCUGUCUGAGUGUACAUAUGUUUUUGAUCCAGCUGAGCUGAACUCCAGGUAUGUUUAAUCACAGAAAGAGCACCAAAAUAACUUUGUAUUUGUCCCUCACUCUUCCUGGGCCUUUAGUGUAGCCGGAGUCCUUAAGCCAGCUCUAUUAUUAAUCCAGGUGUGGUGACAGAGCAGUCAGGGCUUCACUGUCACUCGGGUUGACAUGAUAGUGCAUACGCAGGAGGUGAGCCCCGUGAGAUACUGUAGAUUCAAACAGCUGCUGUCAAUGAUUCACUGAAUACACGUUACUGAUCUCAAACCUGCUGCUGGCUAACUGUGAAAUGUUUUCCAAUUCAACAUCUGCCUCACAGGCCUUUAAGUUCAGUGUUGCUCAUUUAUUGGCAACAGAUUUAAAAGAAAGAAGUAUAACUUAUGCUGUAGGUCAAUAUAAAGGUUACAGAGAACUUCAGUUGCUUCUGCACAGAGAAUAGUUCAAUCAAUUCAGUGCCAUCACUUUACUGCAAUCAUGACUUAUCUUCUUCUUCAUAUAACAUGACUGUAUGCCACUGGAAUUUAUGAUUUUCUGAUUGUAAAUUGUUUUAUCUUCACAGAGUUUUAAUUUGUAAAUGUACUCUAUGUUUUAUGAGAUGCAUUUUUACUGUCAUACUGAUUAUGUUCAGUCUGAUGAGCUGAUUCAGUGAAUGACACCACUCUCUGUACCACUGACAUGUCUGCUGUAAAUUAGGGGCAUUUUGCUCAGAAUCACUGAAUGUUUGUGAUCUACUGCUGCUGAUGACGUUGUCUUUUGAGAAGGCGACACCAGAUCACUGGUUAGAGAUCAGUCUGUCCAUCCAGGUCUGGUGAUUAGUUUAUUUUAAAAUCAGAUCAGUAGCAGUUGAAUCCUCAAAACCAGGUCGUUUUCCAGUUUGUAGAGAGAAUAGGACAUUUGUUUUUCUUCGUUGUUUUGUCGUAUAAGUUUCGGAAGUCUUAUACAUUGAAACAGAACUGGAUUGAAUUUCCGGUGAAUUUUCUCCAGAUGUGGAGUCAUGAAUUAUUAAAGGGCAAUACUAGAGUCUCUACAAAGCUGCUGACCAUUUCCCAAAGAAAGCACCUUGAAUUCACUGAUGUAAAAACUACGACCAUAUUUUGUUUUUAUUUACAUCAUCAUGGUAAUACUUUUAUUUUACGAUUUCGACCGAGUAACUGAUCAUUGAAAGAGCUCUAAUUAUAAAUGAAGUAUUACAAACUGUUUUCCUCAUAGUUAUUAAUUAUUAUUUGAGCACGUUUUUGUAUUUAUACAUUUUUAAGUUAUAGUUAAGGCAUGAUGGGGCUAUUUUUUUGAGUUGAGUGAAUUCAUGAUUUUUCUACAGAAGAGCAUUGGCACAAGAGAAGAAAGCCUUUUGAGAAUAAUGUCUGAAUAUGAUGAAUGAAGUUAAAAAAAAUGUAAAUUUAAGUGUAAAGCCUUAUUGAAAAACAUGAUUAUUUGUUUGAAUAUUAUUCGUUAUUCUCAAAAAGCUGAUUAAAAAAUGCUCUUAUUACUCUUUUGUAAGUUUCCAUUCCAAACCAAACCUGAAGAUUUCUGGAUUUUUAUUUUUUCCACAUGCUAUGCAUGUAUGUAACUUGAUAGCAAUACUGUAUAUGAUCAAAUAUGUGAAACUAAAUGCCUGUGGAAAUGGCCAGCAUGAA